AUGUUCGGAGACAGCGAUGGCGGCCUGUACGAGUCUGCGCGCCGUUUCUGGCAGAAGAGCUAUGCUGGUGACUAUCUAGGCCUCGCCGGUCUUAUAGUUGCAUACAUCAUGUUCAAAUUGGUUGAUGCGCCGUUCCAUCAUCAGUUUCGCCUGGACGAUAUGCGAAUCCAGCAUCCUUUCGCUGAAGUAGAGAGAGUGCCGCCCACAUUUCUUUUUGGCUAUGCUGGCCUCAUUCCCGCCAUCCUCUUGGUCGCCUGGUCCGUAGGCUGGCGUUCGGACACACGCAAGAUCCACACUGUACUUCUGGGACUCGCCAUCACCUUGGCUAUGACUUUGACGCUUACGGAUCUGUUCAAAGACGCCAUUGGUCGCCCUCGUCCUGACUUGAUCUCGCGAUGUAAGCCAGAUCCAACCACCCCGAAAGAUGUGAUGGUUACAAUAGAUGUCUGCACCGAGACAGAUCAUCAUAAACUGCAUGACGGAUGGAGGAGCUACCCCAGUGGACAUAGUUCAUUUGCCUUUGCUGGAUUGGGAUGGCUGGCACUUUAUUUGGCGAGCCAGUUUCAAGUUCUGCGGCCCCGUGCGAGCUUGAUCGUCGUGCUGCUGUGCCUCGCGCCGCUCGUUGCUGCUGCUAUGAUCGCCAUCAGUCGUCUCGAGGACUACCGUCACGACGUUGGUGACGUUGUGACCGGCUCUGCGCUCGGCUUCACGGUGGCAUACUUCAAUUGGCGACGUUAUUUCCCAAGCUUGUUGUCCCGAGGCUGUGAUGAACCACACCCACCACCAGGCAGUGGCAGAAACAGCCCAAACGGUGGCUUCCGCCGCGUCCGUGAUGAGGAAGCUGGCGUGGGUCGCACCACUGAGCAGUACAACCUGGGAGACGAAUAA